GGCGUUUUGAAGCUCGUCUCUUUCACUUGUGCACCAGUACUACCACCAUGGCCUCCACUGUUAUUGCCCCUCUCAAGUAUCUUACUGUAUCCCCCCUCGCAGCACAUACAGCUACCGUGAUAUUCGUCCAUGGAUUGGGCGACACAGGGAACGGGUGGAAACCCGUCGCUGACAUGUUUCGUGUUGAGCCUGCUCUAAAGCACAUAAAAUGGAUUCUACCGCACUCACCUAUAAUGGCUGUCACUGCUAACAUGGGCAUGGAAAUGCCAUCAUGGUUUGACAUCGCUUCCUUUGGUUUGAAGGACAAGGAGGAUGAAGUCGGCAUGUUGAAGACCGUCAAAUCGCUUACUCAUUUGAUUGACACGGAGGUCGCAGCUGGAGUUGACCCCAGUCGUGUAAUUCUUGGUGGCUUCAGCCAGGGAGCCGCUAUGUCGCUCUUGACGGGACUCACGAUGGAACGCAAAUUAGCCGGGAUCGUUUCGCUCAGUGGGUGGGUUGCACUCAGAGAUAAAUUCAAAUCGAUGGCAUCUGGACACGCCACAUCAAUACCCAUUUUCGUGGGACAUGGUACUCAUGACCCGCUCGUCAAGCUAACGUUUUCUCGCGAAUCUGUUGAAUUCUUGAAAAACGAGAUCGGCAUUCCUGAGGCGACGCCCGAUAACCUAACAGGGCUGUCAUACCAUGUCUAUCAGGGUGUCGCACAUACUGCGAGCCCCGACGAGCUUGACGAUUUGAAGGCCUGGAUUACAAAGAUCAUCCCGGCGUAGUGCGAAAUGAUAGACGGGCGGUUUGAAGGAUUCUGAUGGAUACAUUAAACCGGCUAGAAACCCAAUGGACACUGUAUCAUUAGAAAGGACGUUCUCAUGCCUACUCACUUCUACGUGCGCACUGGAC